UGGAGAUUGAUACAUCUUCAUGCUUUGCCAUUCGGGCUUGCAACGACAAUUAUUUGAAUGGUAUUACUGUCAAAAAACAAAGCGCAUUUUUGGCAGAUUGUCCAUAUUUCAUAUUACGAGCAUGCAAGUAUGGCGGGCGCCACAAGGCCGAUGCUUGCUUUGUGUCUUUAGACCUGGGAUUCUGCCGCUGAACCGGGCCUUCAGCACAACUUCUGCAUGGCAAAGGUCAAAGUCUAAAGCCAAAAAGCAAGCACGCAGACCCAAUGCACAGGUUAUAGACCCUGCUGACCCUGAUUCAGCGCUUCCAGAACAGGUGCAAACGAGACUUCCCCCGCACAUUCGGCAGCGGAAUGCAAGGCGUUCAGCGACGGGAAAAGCCGGGAACUUGGCGUCGGUGGUAUUGACAGCCGUGUCUGCGGUACGGCUUGGGUUCCAACGACAGGGUCAAAUCCCAGGUCGCUGGGCGGGGUUUGAAGAGUUCGUAACACGGGCUGUAAAGGCAGAAAAUCUAUCUCCACUUAACGCAGAGGACUCGGAGGCCCUCAACCUCAGGGGAAGACUUGAACGAACUUUUGUUAACUCCGGACCGGCAGAAUUGACCAAAGCGCUAAAACAGGAAUUCAAAAUUUACAACUACGAUGUCAAUUUCUCCUCAAGCCUCAAGGAACAAAGGGCGCUGGCGGAUCUGCGUAAUCCAACAGAAUGGUACCCUGCUGCUCGCAGCUUGCAUCGCACGAUUCACCUUCAUGUUGGCCCGACCAACUCGGGCAAAACAUACCAUGCCCUAAAGCGGCUCGAAAAAGCCAAGACUGGAUUCUAUGCUGGCCCUCUACGGCUCCUCGCUCAUGAAAUAUACACUCGUCUCAAUGCUAAAGGUAUCCCAUGUGGCCUCGUAACCGGUGACGAGGUUAGAAUCUCACAGGAUCAAAUUCCGGGAAUUUAUAGCAAUACUGUCGAAAUGGCUCCUUUCGGUCAAGACGUUGAGGUUGGGGUUAUCGAUGAGAUCCAGAUGAUCGCAGACCCUCAUAGAGGUUGGGCUUGGACACGGGCAUUGCUUGGCGCCAGGGCCCACGAGCUACACCUUUGUGGCGAAGAAAGAGUUGUACCACUGAUUCGCGAUUUAGCUGGCUUGAUGGGGGAUAAGCUUGAAAUUCACCACUACGAGCGGCUCAACCCACUGAAAGCCAUGAGCAGAAGUUUGAAGGGAAACUUGUCAAAUCUCCAAAAAGGGGAUUGCGUCGUUGCGUUUUCUCGCAUUGGUAUUCAUGGUUUGAAGCAAGAAAUCGAAAAAGCAACUGGUCGGAGAGCUGCUAUUGUAUACGGUAGCUUACCCGCGGAAAUUCGGUCGCAGCAGGCAGACUUAUUUAAUGACCCUAAUAACGACUACGACUUUCUCGUGGCCAGUGAUGCGAUUGGCAUGGGCCUCAAUUUGAGCUGUAAACGAAUUAUUUUCGAAUCGGUCGUGCGAAGAUUACCGACAGGGCUGACACGGCUUACCGUAUCCCAAGUUAAACAAAUCGGAGGCCGUGCUGGUCGAUAUCGUUCAGCAAAGGAUACGGCAAACACAAACAGUUCCAAGAUCGCCAGCUCAGACAAGGAAGCAGAAACAAAUGUUGGAUUUGUGACCUCCCUCGAAGAUGUGGAUCUCCCUUACAUUCGGAAAGCCUUGGACACCGAGCCAGAGCCCAUCCUCGCAGCGGGAUUAUUGCCUCCGGAUCAUAUCGUGAAACGCUUUUCAGAGCACUUCCCGCCCGGCACCCCUUUCGCAUAUAUCCUACAACGCCUCCACAACAUAGCACAAGUGGAUUCCAGCUUUUUCCUAAGCGAUGGCCAAGGCCAUGCUGAGGCGGCAGAGGCCAUAGACAGCAUCAAAGGUCUUAGCAUGGAUGAAAAGCUUGUUUUCCUCUCGGCGCCAACUCAUAUGAGAGAUCCUCAGAUGAGCAAUAUUUUCAGGGAAUUUGUGCGCUGCGUGGCAGAGAAUAGGAGUGGCGAUCUGCUCGAAAUUGACGAUCUACCCAUCGAUGUUCUCGACAAACCAGUUUCCGGCGACAAAGGCUACCUCGCUACACUCGAAACCCUACAUCGAUCCCUAGUCCUCUACCUCUGGCUGAGUUACAGAUGCGGAGGCGUUUUUACCAAUCGAGCGCUUGCUACCCAUGUCAAGUCGUUGACUGAAAUAAAGAUGGAUAGAGCUUUGACUGAAUUUUCGGCGAAUCGACACCUACGGAAAGCUACAUCCCUCAGGAGGCAGUAUGCUUUGCAACGACAAACGGAAAUGCGGGAAAAAGCAUUUGCUGCUGAAUCAGAAGGCGUGGAAAUCGACUUUGGAAAUAUUCCAGAAGCGGAAGUGUGGGACGAUAUGCCCGAACAGAAAGAGCGAUUGAAUGCUUCACGUUCAGCGGCUUAGAACGAAUGGGGCUACUUAAUAGGCUAAAAACCUAUCUAUAAUUCUCCUCACCCUUACUGUCCUGCAAGUGAUUCGGCUUCCAAACGCGGUGGGCCACCCUCAAACGGCGCUAAUCUAGGGCUAGCAAAACGCGGCGGAAUUGAAUUUUAGCAGCGCCGCCUCCCAUGCCUUUGGUCACCCCGCCAAUGCGUACAGGUACAUAAAAGCAUGGCGGUAUGAAGGAGCCACAAUCCGGCUCUGUAGGGCUCCCUCCCACCUAGGGAAUCAUUGCAGACGUUGGUCGCCUUCUUUUGUGAGGGUCGUCCACCUCAUACCCCUAUCAUGACAUGAUUCCCUUUUGGUCUCAUAGAUUCACGUCACUGAGUUUUCUUCCAGACCACCACUCUCAUCGCCAAACUCCGAACGACCCGUCUUCAUGAUAUGCCUUACUGCUCCAUAGCUAUGAACCAAAUCAUUGUUUAUAGAAACCCGCAAGCUUUUCUUCUUGUUCCUUUACCUUGUAUCAAUACACAUAGAGAUCCCUUUGUUUUUCCAGCUUCUUCUCCUAUUUUUGGGUGGGGCAUUAUCAUACACCAGUACUAUAUUUUUGGGGUCAUCUGUUAUGUUACAUUUUCGACAAGGCCCAAUGUAUAUUCACCAUGUAUUCAGUAUAGGGAAAAGCUGAUUUCAUAUGUUUCACAAUGGCGCAUGGGUUGUUUUAUUUAGCUGCGCACAGGCAAAUUACCAAACGACGACUAUACCCAAAGAUAGAUGGAGUUAAGAAUAUAUAAUGUGAAUAUCGUCAUUUUGCUCCCAGUGCAGCGAGACCCUUAAUCUGGCGGACAAA